AAAGAAGGAAAAACAAUUGGUAGUCUUGCAAAGGCUGCUUGUUCUCUAUAAUCUAUUUCUAAAUAACCAGUCAGUCAAGUCCUUCUUCACUCAAAGUCAAUCUUUCCUCCUCUCUCCCUCUCUUCUUCACACUCUUUAUCUAUAUAUUCACCCUUUCACAUUCCAACCGACACCCAUUUCUUCUUUCCACCAUACCAACAACACUCCAUUCACACCAACCCCCAUCAUGGAGGUAAUGGCACCAGUUGCAGCAGCACCUUUUUCUGUAGAUUUUAACUUUGACAGCAACUCUUCUUCUCCAUACAUCACUGCUCCUUCUUCCCCUCAACGUUUUGCCAAUAACUUCUUCUUCAGUGCUCCCACUAGCCCAUCUCGUGUUUCUCCUCUUUUUCCAGCUCAAUCCUCUCACCCUGAACCUAACCACAGCCACAACAAUAACUACAGUUUAGGUAACGAUGAUGAUUUCGCGUUCGAUUUCAGUGGUAAUCUUCAAAGAGACUCUCUUUCUGCCGCGGAUGAACUCUUCCACGGUGGAAAGAUUCGUCCCUUGAAACCCCCUCAACGGUUUCAUUCCGGCGACAUACCAAUUUCUCCCACCCAAAAGAAAAACACAGUUUAUGAUCAUGAUCAUGAGAGAGAUUUGGAUCAAUUUGAAGCUGCAAUUGAAGAAAAACUAAGAUACAAAGAAGAGAAAAGAGGAAGAGAGAGGGUUCUAUCUUCUGGUAGAAAAGGAAGCAGAUCAUUAUCCCCUCUGAGAGUCUCUGACAUAGUGGAAAAUUCCGAAGAUGUUUCUGUUUCUGUUUCUUCUUCCACAAGUAACAUGAAAUCGUUUUUGUCAUUCACAAAAGGGUACAGAAAAUGGAGAAUAAGAGAUUUUCUAUUAUUUAGGAGUGCUUCUGAAGGAAGAGCAAAUGAGAAAGAUCCUUUGAGAAAGUACACAGCUUUGUCGAAAAAAAGUGCAGCUGCGGCCGAAGAUGAUGUUAGGAACUCUAGUUUCCGGUCUACUGAAGGUUCUGGCUCAUUUUCAAGGCGGCGUGGACCGGUUUCGGCUCAUGAAUUGCAUUAUACGCUUAACCGGGCUGCUAAUGAAGAGUUGAAGAAAAAAACUUUCUUGCCUUAUAAGAGAGGUUUGUUAGGUUGUUUGGGGUCUAAUCAUCAUCGAAUGGAUCAGAUUUCGAGGGGAAUCGGGUCUCUCCCACGUUCAUAAUCGUAAUACAUAUAUCUUGUUUUUUCUUUAAUUUUUUUACAGGGCUCUAUGCUGUUGCCAAACAUGUUCUUUUCUCAUUUUCAUGUUGUUGAUGAGUCUAAAAAUUGUAUGAACACACACAAACAUAUAUAAAAUGUUCUUUACAUA